UGGUCUGUUUGCCGUUUUGGUCAUUGCAGUUUUGACCUGCUACAUUACUCUUUUACUUUGCCUCGAAAAGAAGCCCAUCCAAUGCCAAAAAAAGAAGCCUAGGUCUUAGGUCGGAGUUGCGAAGGGCAUAGCUGACUUUCGAGUGAACUGUGUGUGCAUUGAAGCGAUCAGAGAUAAAGUAUAGGCCUAGUAUUAAGAAGGACCUGUUGUGCAGUGAUGGUGAGGAAGAUUACAGAUGAUGUCCAAUUUCUAACUGCCUGUUUAUCUGCAUCUUAAAACCUUAAAUGUCGUCAGCUGCUGCAUGAAAUCCCUACUGGAUAUGGUCAGUGGAGUUCAAGUUACAAAGCAGUUUAUUGACUGGAGUCAGUGAAGCAUAACCAGUCAACUAAUCAAUGUGUGAUGUGCACUCUUGGCAGCGAUGGGGACAUGUAUUGAGAUGCGUUUAAAAGAGGUAGAUAAGCACAUCACACAACUUGCCUUCUGCCUGCCUUCGAUGCUGUUCACGUAGAACACACGCAAGGACGUUCACACUCUUAAGAUCUCCACGCGUGUUAUAUCUCACUGGAUAUUAGCUGUCCUAGGGUAGAAAGCAUGGUUAGUUAAUGAUGGUGUAGGCUUCCUUCGCCAAACGCUGUAAGGAGCAACACAGUAGAGCAACAUGGAUAUGCAAUAUAGGAAUCUUGGGAGGGCAGGCCUAAGGGUAUCAUGCUUAGGACUUGGUACUUGGGUAACCUUCGGAGGUCAGGUCACCGACCAG